ACAUACUUUCAGAGCCAGAGCUCAGUUUAAUCAAGAUGCGUCGCUCCUCAUUUACGCCCGUGUUUAAUUUGAGCACUCAAGAGCCGUUGAUUGUCGUUGAAGAGUCGCAUGCCGCCGAGGAUAGCGAAGAUCUGGAGGGUGCAAUCGGUGGAUGCGAUUCCAAAGACACCAAGCGGACUAACAGCGAUGACUCCGAGCCAGACUCACCGGUCAAUCCAUAUUUGUUGUGUCCGUUUCCCGAUAUGCAGCAACGGCGUAAGCAUUCGCUGCCAUCAUUGCAAAUAACCGAGGGCAUUACCGCCAGUCAGGUGCGACGCUUAUCUGAGGUAGGCGGCGAGACGGGUGGCCUCAGUCCCAAGGAGGUGGAAUUUCUGGCUACUCUAUCGCAGAAGGCCAACCCAACCGGAGGUGGUCGCCGCCACUCGGUGGUCACUAUAUCGGCAGUACCCCCAACGCUCUUUGGACGCAAUCGACGUGAGUCCAUUUCCGCUGUUUCGUUCAGUGGAAGUCGUCGUGGAAGCGUAAUCGCUGGACCCCCGCUAACUGAUCAUCGCGGCAGUGUUCACAACUUGCAGCUAGACAUUAUGGAUGGUAUUGUGCACCAGCGCAAGACUCGAAGUGGCAGCGGAGUUUGGACAGCACCUGUACUUCAGGAGGCGGAUAGCAAUGUUCCCGUUCAAACAUAAACGAAGAAAGCAAGGACAAAGCAGCACGCGGAUAGAAUUGACGACAACUGGACGCACAUGAGCGAGUUUAUAGCAUUUUCUUUUGCUUAACUUCACAUCCUCUUCCGUAGUUUUUUGAUUCUUUCAUUCGUUCCCCCGCUCUUUGUUUCUGUCAUCUUUGUCUCAGUAUCUCUGUCAACCAUCUCUUUUCUUCUGAGCAUUGCGUUGGUCACAUCAAGGCACAAAACAAAAAAUCAAGACGCAAUUGCAAAAAAGGAAUUAAAAAAGGAAGGCGCGCAUCACCAAAAUAGUUGAAAUUGCAUAGACAGGAGAGCAACAGCGUGUGCACAACAUCGAUAAAAGGCGAGAGAAGUAGUCAGAGUGCAGACAAAGAUCAAAAGUAGAUUA